AUGAGAAGUACUCUCUGGCUCCUAUUAGUAUUACUUACUUAAUCCUACUGCUCCUAAUCGGGCCAGUACCAUUAGGUUGGAGAGUCAGCAAUGAUUUUAGGUUAAAGAGGGUAAGAUUGUGUUGGCCAGAUUUGCUCAGAUUCGAGUGAGUAAUAGAAAAUCCAACAUCAAAGAUCUCAUCAUAUUGGACAAAAAUAAUAAUAGGAACAAAACAUAAUCUUGUCCCAAAUGAUUUUCAAUGAGGAGUUUCCUCAGGAUAAUUUAUCCAUCAUGCCUGAGUAAUAUCUGGAACCAUCAUAAAACUAAAUAACUCAAAGAGAUAUCGAUGACAUCGAUAAAGCUAAUGCUCUCUUAACCUAUAAUAUUAAUAAGGACCACUUCAAGUCCUCCUAAGUGAGCAUCCAGUUAGCAGAUGAGAAUAUUCUAGACGUUUAAAUAAAUUAAGAGGAUAAAUUAGUGGUUUAAAACAAAGAGGUGCCUAUCUCCAUCAAGGACAUUGUAAAGAAUUCCAUAGUCACUUUACCUGAUCAUAUUCCUAAUGUCUUGUUCAGUAGCUCUAUGUAAACCCAAGUCUAUGUACUAGACUACCAUGAUGAUAACCUUGGAGCGAAAAAUUUGAAUCAAUUACAAUCAAUAAAAAUAUAGCCAAAGACUCAAAUAAAGAGAAAUGAAUUCUAGAGCUAACAAGGAAAUGAGAAUAGAUUUUACUACCAUUCAAAUUUAUACUAAGGAGAAGGUGAAGAAUGCCCUAAGGAAGAUGAAAAUUUUGAAAAUAAAAUUGAAUUUUAAGAAUCACAAAGCACUAUAGUCACUAAAAUAGAGUAUCAUCUCACUGCUGUAGAUCGCUUUACUGGUCAGAUCUUGUUUAAUGUUACUAAAUCAGACUAUUCUCCUCAUUUCAAUCUACCAAAUAGAUAAAACUUCAUAGGAUACCAAGAAUUUCUAAAAAAUCAAAAUUCUUAAAACUAAUAAUAAUCAAAUUCACAAGAAUAUUAAAAUUCAGCCAUAAACAUAAUCAUUAAAAAUAGUUAGGAAAAUGAUUCUGAUGUACAGGAUUAAAAAGAUAAUUAGUCCUAGGAUACUAGAGUUUAAGAAUAAUCAGCUCUCAUCGUAUAUGACGAUUCUCUGAUAAUACAGCCAGAUUAAGAGGAGAGACAUAUUAAAAUUGAGGUUAAAGAGGACAAUCAAUUCCUACAGUUACUAAGACACGUAUUUUAUCUGAUUGGCUGCAAGGACAUUGAUAAUACUCAAAUCAUUUUGGGGUUGCUGCUAUUUCUAUUGAGUGUUAUUAUCAUCCAAUAGAUGCAAAUUAGAAUUCUUAAGAGAAGAGAACGCUUACAAGCUCUGCAGUCUCAGCCUACUCCUCCAAUGACUAGUCUUUAUGUUAGUUAGACACCUCAGAUCUAAUCAUCUAAGCUAGAACUUAUUGAUCAAUCUUUGCUGAAGAGUUUUUGCGAUGAUAGUCAUAUGAAGAGCAAGUCAAUGAAGCUCUAUAGCUAGAAAGGGUAGGAGUAGAUGAAUGAUGACAGUUCAUCAAGUGAAAACAGCAAAAAAGCAUUCCAGAGAUAACCAUCAAAAAUAGCUUUAAUGCUCUAAAAUGCAGCUAGUGCAAUUUAAAACAAAGAAGACAAUUAAUUGAGUUAAAGUAAUUCUGAAGAUGGUGGAAUUCCUUAGGUAGAAUUGACAGAUAGAUCUAUUUAAUCUAAAGCUGAUGAUCCAUUCUUCAGAGUUGGAUAAGAAGCACAUGCAGAGAACAAUGACAUGCAACUUAAACUAUAUAAUCCUAGCUAAUAAGCUUAAAUUUCGCUGUUCUAAAUUAAGUCUGACAGCAUUAUUGAGCCAGAAUAGACGGAACAACUUCAGGAAUUAAUCUUCAAAUUUGAAGGUGACAACAUUGUCAAAGAAGAAGUUUAUAAGUAAAGAAACAUCUAUCCUAACAAUCAAUAAACACGAGAGUUUCUAGGACAUGAAAUAAUUGAGAAAAAUAUUCAAAUGAACACUGAUUUGAAUGCUGUAUAAUUGAAAAAAGCAUCAAGCAAAAACUCAAAUAAUGCUGGAAGUAAGAAUAGAAUCUCAAUCCCAGCAAUUUCAAAACUACAGACUAUUAAUUCAGAAGAUAGCUCUCUCAAUGAUUCUAAUCAUAUAUUCUCAAACAGAAUGAGGGAAAAUUCAAGUGAAAUGGAAGAUUUUAACCCUCUAAAUAAAAUUAAUAAUAUACAAGAAGUAAAUUUUCAAGUUAAAAAGGUUAUCAAUAAAGAAAACCCUUUAAUGACUUAACCAGAGUACAAAGUUUAGUUCAAAGAAUAUUAGAACUCAAAUGACAAGCAAGACACUAAAGAUCUGAUAAUUAGCUCAAAUUAGAAAAUAAGCUUCUAGAAAAUAUAAUCAUAAAGUUCAUUUAAAGCCCUCCCUUCAAUCCAACAUUACGAGCAAACUUAAGCAUUAAUAUCUAAAUUUUUGGAGAACGGUCGCUUUAAAAGAUAAUUUGUAACUAUGGAUGAGUUAGGAAGAGGCGGGUUCGGUGUUGUCUAUAAAGUCAAAUAUGCUUUAGAUGACAACAUAUAUGCGAUUAAGAAAAUUAAACUUCACCUAGGAGUGGCUGAAACUCUGUAAAAUCACAAGGUUUAUAGAGAAAUUUAGGCCAUCACUAAAUUAGAGCCUAAAAAUAUCAUUAGAUAUUAUACAUGCUGGAUUGAAGGUUUAGAUGAACUAGAGCUUUAAAAUGAAAAAAAGUUUGUUGAAUAAGUUAAAAAGCAAAAUGUCAAAUAAAAUGUGUAAAAAAAGAACUUAAAAUAAAUCAGAGAAUCUCAGUCAAGCCUUUCAUUAAGAUCAACAAAUGAAAGAACUAUCAUUGUUACAAGUAAAAAAUAAGCUAAAAAUGGAAAUAAAUCAAAGAAAUUAUAGCAAAAGAGAGGUAAAAAAGAGAACAGCCUGAUAUUUGGUAACUAGUCUAUUGACUCAUCAGCAUUUGAUUAGGAUGAUGAAGAUCUAGAAGAGGAUGAGGAAGAUUAUGAAUGCAAUGAUGACGAAAGUUUAGAUUAUGAUGAAAGCUUUUUAGAUGAAGAUGAAGACUAGUCUAUUUAAGAUUCUGAAGUCUAGGAUAUAGUCUCUAAUAUAGAAGAGAGUAAAAGAAUAGAUUAAACUUAAAACAUAUAUGAUGGAGGAUCUAUUUCUAUGUAUACAUUGCAAUAACUUAUUAGAUAAGAAAAGCCUUAUAUAUCACUUAAUCUAAUGAUAUAAACAGAAUACUGUUCAGGCUAGACUCUUAAGGACUAUCUAAUGAAGAGAGGUUCAAAGAUUGAUAGGCAUUAUAACUUCAAGGUCUUUUCUUAGCUUGUAAAUGGUGUAGCAACUAUUCAUGAUGCAAAUAUCAUUCAUAGAGAUCUAAAACCUGAAAAUAUAUUCUUAGAUGAGCACAAUACAGUUAAAAUUGGAGAUUUCGGGCUAGCCAGAGCAUUCGAUGAUGCUUUUAUGAUUCCUCAAAAAAGUUUACUCAAUAUCAUGCAAAAACAGACUUCAUAAGACCAGUCUGGAGCUGUAGGCACUCCUCUUUACUUUAGUCCAGAGCAAUUAUAGUCUCUAUAAAAUACAAAGUUAAAGGUUAACUAUGCUGAUCUUGGAGAGAAAAUAGAUAUUUAUUCCUUAGGUUUGAUACUUUUGGAGUUAUCAUCGGAUAUCACAACUACUCAUGAGAAAUUAACGUCCUUCAACUUUGUAAAAGAAAAGAGAAAGCUACCUCCAAACAGUAAUCUUUAGGGAACUGUUGAAGGUGACUUAAUCAUGAAACUAACAUAGAUAGCUCCAGAGAAAAGGCCAUGCAUUUAAGAUAUAAGAGAUGAAUGGCUGCCCAAAUGGCAAGUAAAUCUCCCUAAGUGA